AUGGCAGCCUUUGCAGCGGUGAUUUACGUUCGAGUAAUACAUCCGGAUGGCACGGUAUCGGCGAACAUAUUAACAUCGAAAUCGAAAGUGGCACCUUUAAAGGUACAGUCAGUACCCCGGCUAGAAUUGAACGGUGCCGUCCUACUAUGCAGAUUGAUGAAACACGUGAAGCAAGCUUGCGAAAUCCCUGCCGACACAGCUGAAUUUUACUGGACGGAUUCGACCAUUGUUCUCGCUUGGUUGAGUGAUCACCCAGCCAGGUGGAAAACGUUCGUCGCAAAUAGCGUGAGCGAAAUACAGGCUACGAGCAACUCUAGUCAAUGGAGACACGUCGAUACAGAGUGGAACCCGGCAGACAUAGCGUCACGGGGAUUGACUGCUUCUCAACUCCUCAAAAGCGAUUUAUGGUGGAACGGACCCGAGUGGCUGCAACACAAACCAAUCAACUACUCGUCAAGUGCAAUCGACAUUACCACGACACUCGAGAGGAAGCCUGAGAUCUCCUGCAAAGUUGCGAAAGUUGCGAAGUUCACGUUUGACGAUAGUAUACUGGGGAGGUACUCCGACUUCGCAAAACUGAUUAGAAUUGUGGCAUAUUGCCUUCGCUUUAAGUCACCAACUAUUGCAAAACCUGCAACCUUGACAACUUCAGAACUCAACAACGCUGAAAUGGCAUGUGUACGGCUAUCCCAAGCAUUAUCUUUCAAAGAUGAGAUAGAAAGGUUGGACAAGGGACAACCAGUUCCAGCCACUUCAAAAUUAUUCCAGCUGACACCGUUCACUGAUGCUGAGGGGAUCCUCAAGAUGGGCGGAAGACUGCGACACUCACUAUUAUCGGACAAUCGUAAGCAUCCAGUGAUUCUAAGUCCUGACUGCAAGUUGUCCGAAUUUAUCGUAAGAGCAUACCAUUUGUGCACUUUGCAUGGAGGCAAUCAAGUAACCCAAGCAGCAAUCAGAAGACAGUACUGA